AUGUUUCGGUAUAUUUUACGAAAUUUAUCGUGUGAAAUAACCAGUUGCAGAUAUUUGAAAAGAAGGUACAGCGAUUCCAAUAAAAGUAACUCUAAUGACGACAUUGCAUUUGAAGCUGAAUAUUAUUACAAACAAGAUAAGGAACUGUUAGAAAUGGUAAAACAAAAAAUGCAAGAAGAAGUGAAGUGCAUGCAAGACGAAGUGACAAUGAUGCGUAAUAAAAUUGAGGAAUAUAAUCGUACUAUAAACGAAAAUCUUCGAUUUUUGAAAGGUGUCGAAAAAGACUUAUCGGCUAGCGAUAAAAAAUAAUGUUGAUGUUAUGCACAGUUUUGUUUCGAUAGUCG